UGUUCAUUGACUGUGUCUAGUAGGGAGAAAACCUGAGGACGCAACCAUAGGGCGACUUCAGAUCACACUUGUAAGAGACACCCACUCAUUAUGGUCUUCAGUCUAUUGACAAUAUGUUUUUCUGCCACGUUGAUGAGUGAUAGAGUUUCCACUCUGGCUAUACGAGGUGAAAAGCUUAACGAAGACAAUCCGUCACUUGAUUUGUGGGCAAACAAAUGGGCAACAUUCAUUGACCGCAUGGAUGUAAACGGCGAUGGAAAGAUGGAUGAAUACGAAUACGUUAAUAUGACGGCAUGCAGAUUUGGAGCAAUAACGAAGUCCACCGAGAAGGAAGAGAAAAUGAAAGCGCUCUUGAAGGAAAAUUGGGACAAAUGGUGGAAUAGUUUUAUGAACGGCGAACAUUUAGAAAGCAUUUCAGCAGGUGACUUUAUUUCAAUCGAAGAUAAAACCAGAGCGAAAAUGGUUGAUAUGCAACACUUGGUUAUGGAAAUGAUAUGGCCUCUUACGUUGUUCGAGCUGAUGGAUGCAGAUGGGAAUGACUAUCUGAACAAGACAGAGUAUGCCAAUAUUCUGAAGAUUUUCCGUGCCCCAUUUCCCUCGACUCUUUUCUCUGAGGUAGAUACCAACACUGACGGCGCUAUAAGCAAAAGUGAAAUGAUAAUAAAGGAGUUAGCCUGGGUAAUAGAUAACAGUGUGGAGGGGGCAGAUUUUUAUGGGAAAAUACGGUAAUUCCACGUCUACCACUUUGUUGCCACGGGCAACAUAAAGCGCGAAUUUGAGCAUAGGUAUUACA